GAAAUGAAAGCCAGAGAAAAUUGAGAUUAUCCGCCGCUAUUCCAAAAAUAUGUUACAACUGUUCUUUGGACGCUUUCCAAAAUAUAAAAUUCACAAAAAUAUCUCCCGAGGUUAGCUACGAAAAUAGCUAUCGCACUUUGGCCUGCUGCGACUCCUGAUCUCUCUGCGGAGCUUAAAGGCAGGAGAACCUGGAAAAAAGGGAGAACUUUUGUUAAGCUCCCGAUUUUGAAAUUGAAUGUGAACCGCCGAAAGAACCGAAAGGAUAAAGCAGUGUCUGACGUCACCAAACUGCGAGUUCAGAGUUCCGGUCGAAGCAGUCGGUCAAUCACAACCGUUCUAUGGAGGCUGCAGCUUCAGCUAAGAAUCAGCAAAAGAAUUUGAAUGCUACAAGUCCAUGUGAUGAAAGGGAUGAUGACAUAUGUGGUACUCCCAACAUGGCACCAGCUCAGAGAGUUCGACGAGGAGCUGUUAGUGCAGAAACAUAUUCAGAAGAAGAUGCUACAACCUAUGUCAAAAAGGUUGUACCCAAAGAUUAUAAAACUAUGACAGCACUUUCCAAAGCCAUUGAGAAAAAUGUUCUCUUUGCUCAUCUGGAUGAUACUGAGCGAAGUGAUAUCUUUGAUGCCAUGUUUCCUGUAGUACAUUCUGCUGGAGAAACCAUUAUCCAGCAAGGAGAUCAAGGUGAUAACUUCUAUGUUAUAGAUCAAGGAGAAGUUGAGGUAUUUGUAAAUGGACAGCUUGUAACUACUAUUGGUGAAGGUGGAAGUUUUGGUGAAUUGGCUUUAAUUUAUGGAACACCACGUGCUGCUACAGUCAGAGCCAAAACAGACUGCAAAUUAUGGGCUAUAGAUAGGGAUACUUACAGAAGAAUUUUGAUGGGAAGUACAAUAAGAAAGAGAAAAAUGUACCAAGAAUUCCUGAGCAAGGUUUCUGUAUUAGAAAGCUUGGAUGAGUGGGAAAGAUUAACAGUUGCUGAUGCUUUAGAGCCAAUGCAGUUUAAUGAUGGUGAUGUUAUAGUUGAACAAGGGCAACCAGGAGAUGAUUUCUUUAUAAUUGAAGAUGGUACAGCAGUAGUUCUGCAGCGCAGAUCUGAGUCUGAACCUCAAGUUGAAGUAGGACAUUUAGGGCCUUCUGAUUAUUUUGGGGAAAUAGCUCUGCUAUUAGAUCGUCCCAGGGCAGCUACAGUAAAAGCUAAAGGUCCGCUCAAAUGCAUCAAGCUCGAUCGAGCUCGAUUUGAACGCAUUUUGGGUCCCUGUGCAGAUAUUCUGAAGCGAAACAUGACUCAUUACAAUAGCCUCAUUUCAUUAUCUGUGUAGUUUUUAUUCAGCCAAAGGUUCAGUGUAUAUUCAAAUGGAUUGUAUUGCCUUUACCAAACUUCUGCAUCAAAUGGAUUGCAUACAGCACUUUUCCAGUGCUGCAGAAAGUGGUACAUUCCCUUUCUUACCCCCAAGAUACUGGAUAAUAAUUAUGGAAACCACUCCACACCCAUGGAAAAUUUUAAAAGAAAAAUGUACCCAAAUCAGUCAGUUUGUGCAUUUAGAUGGCAUUGUGUGUGUACUUUUUCCUAGUGAGUGUCUUAUACAGUGGAUUCCAGGUUGUGAUUUGCCUCCUUUACUUUUUGUACAGCGCCUGUCAUUAUGUUUCCUUUGGAAGGCAGCACAUAAGGCGAUCGGAUAUCCCAGGCAUUGCGUGUGGUGCAUUGGGAGAUAAAUUUAGUGGUAAUAGAAGUUGCGUCUGUAAUUAACCAAAGAGAAUCAUAGUCGUAAUUUGUUUUAUUGAGCAGUUUUUUCUGAUAAUUCUCAGUUUCAGCUGCUCAUCAACAUUGUUGUAGUCAUUGCACAAAUGCAGCAGCAUCUUGAGUUGUUGCAAUUUUUGCUAACGUGUUAAAGAAAAUUAUAUUUUAUAUUGGACAAAAACUACUUUCAAAAGGUACCGAUAUUAUACUUUCCUCCACACUGCAAAACUUUGUGAAAUUUUGCUGUCACAUUUUUGUAUUUGUCACUUUAAGCAAUUCUCAUUCGAGCAUGGCUGAAGCCUAUGCAAAAGAUUAUAAAUAUAUAUCAUUUUUUAGAAAAACAUCUCGCAUUAUUAAAAAAAAAAUCAUUUGGAUAUCGAUACCUUUUUGAGAGACUGCUUAUUUUGCAAUUAAAAUUUGUGUCAUCAGCUUCUAGAUUUUUGAUAAUUUUUUCAGAGUUUAAUGCUCGUUGCUGUAAUAAAUAUAUUGAAUUUAAUAAACACCUAGAUAUUUUAUUGCUAUUUGUAUAUAUAAUGUGAGACAUGUUUCUAUAUGAGCUCAUGCAUGUAAUCAUUUAAUCUGUGUUACAGUUCUGAAGUACUUAACUUUUUUCAGAUAGUAAAAAAUAAAAAUAACUUAAGAUUUUUAAAAAUAUUUUUAGAUUUUGGCCAUGUAUUAAAUAAAUAUCUUGUACCUUGACUUCAGAUUAGUAAUGAAAUGAAUAAUUAAAAGUAAUACUCUUUUUUUUAUUAUAUCUCUUCUAUUGACUUCAUUUAAGUAUAUUAUGUAUGUGAGAGUUUAAUUUGCAAUGAAUGAAAAAUAUUAUAUGAAGGCAAUGUAAAAAUUUUGUUUUUCUGAAUGGCGUAAUAAACCACUGGCAGAUAAGUAUCGGUGACAAUAAAUUAAUAAACAGUGAAUUGCACAUUAUUUUUAGUUCUGCAGCAUCUGAAAUCGUUUGGAACUGCCACUGUAUAGAGCUAAUAGUUUUGCUAAAUAGUGGGGCGUAUUAUACCAGUUUUUUAAUUCUCUGACUGGUCAGUUUGUAAUUUUUUAAUUGAAAAUUUAUGAAUCUGUCUUCAUAUUUUUAGAACAAAGUUUAAUUUUAUUAAAAAUAGUUGUGUAAUAGUAAAUUUCAAACAAAAUAACUUUAUAGGACUAUUUUCGCACUGGUGUAGCUCAUGCGUAAUCAAGAGCUUGGAAAUAGAUUUUUUAAGGAAAAAAAAUUGUUAUAAAUUACAUUAAAUGUUUAUUGUAUUAUGUUUUAGUUUUUCUUUUCCCUUUUGAAAAAGAAAAGACUGUAGUGUAAACUGAGCGAGCUUGUAUGGAAAUAAACAUAUAUGCUGGAGA